CAAAGUUGGGCGGCGAGAGCCGGAGCGGGGACGGCCAGGACCAAGGCGUCCGGGAGUCCGGUCCCCGGCAGACGGCCGGUCCCGCCCGAGAGCCCCGCGGGACCUGCCAGCGCCCCUCUCUCCCCACCUCCCAAUUUGGGGGAGGGGGGUCGUCUCUAUCUGGGGGCGAGGUUCGGGGGGCGGGAGGUCCAAUCUCCUCCUCCUUCCCCUCUCCCCUAAUUGCUCAUUCAUUUCCUUCUUUCGCCUUAUUGCCCCGGACCUGCAGCGUUGGUGGGUUGGGAGGGGGCUUUUGGGAGGGGAAGGGGAUCCUGGGGAGGGAGUGGAGGGUCCCUAGGGUGUGCGGGGGGAAAGGGAUUCCAGGGUUCCGGGAGUGCUGAGCCCCCCCUUUGCGGGUUGCGGCUGCGGGCAGCAUGACGGAAAAGCACGAGAAGGAGAAGGAGUCCGAGGACACGGGGGUCGUCCACCCCAUCCCCGGGACCCUCCCCACCCUCCAGGAGACCAAGCUCCAGAGGUUCAAGCGCUCGCUGUCCCUCAAGACUCUGCUCCGCAGCAAGAGCGUCGAGAAUUUCUUCCUACGCUCCAACAGCGACCUCAAGGUGCCCACCGAGGUCCUGCUGACCCCUCCCACCCCGCUGCCCCCGCCCUCGCCGGUGCCCCCUGCCGAGGAGGCCCUGUCCGCUCCUACCCGCUCCCCCAGCUCCUCCCAACGGCCCCUGGCCCCCCUCAAGCCCAUGCGGACGCACGGCUUCCAGGAGUACGUCUUCAAGAGGGCCAGCCCCUGUCAGCUGUGCCACCAGCUCAUCGUAGGAAACUCCAAGCAGGGUCUUCGCUGUAAACUAUGCAAGGUCAGUGUCCACCUCUGGUGUUCGGAAGAGAUCUCUCAUCAGCAAUGCCCGGGCAAGACGUCUUCCUCCUUCCGCCGCAACUUCAGCUCCCCGCUCCUGAUCCACGAGCCUCCGCCCGCCUGCAUCCGGGAGUCUCCACCCACAGGUGCCAGCGGGAAGGUCGAUCCCAUAUAUGAGACGCUGCGCUACGGCACCUCCCUGGCCCUGAUGAACCGUUCCAGCUUCAGCAGCGCCUCUGAGUCGCCCACCAGGAGCCUGAGUGAAAGAGACGAGUUGGCAGAGGACGGGGAGAGCAGCAUCCGGAGCUCCGAGGAGGGUCCCGCUGACAACGUCUUCCAGCCCACUACAGAGAGUGAAACUUCGGGCCCAGAAGAGAAGAACCCAGGGCAGCAGCUCUCCCGUGGCCCCCUGCAGAAGGAGGGAGUGCCCAUGUAUUCUUACGUCGCCCUCUACAAGUUCCUCCCUCAGGAGCACAACGACUUGGCUCUGCAGCCGGGAGACCGGAUCUUACUGGUGGAUGAUUCCAACGAAGACUGGUGGAAGGGCAAGAUCGGCGACCGGGUCGGCUUCUUCCCGGCGAACUUCGUGCAGCGGGUCCGACCCGGGGAGACCGUGUGGCGCUGCUGCCAGCCGUACCCUGGCAACAAGGAGCAGGGACACAUGAGCCUCAAGGAGAGCCAGAUCUGCGUGGGCGCAGGCAAGGGCAAAGAUGCCGACGGCUUCAUCCGCGUCACCAGCGGGAAGAAACGCGGGCUGGUGCCCACCGACGUCCUGGCCGAGAUCUGAGAGUGGGCCCGGGGGCGGGGACGAGGGGUAGGGGAGCAAGGGACAGCCCCCCGUGACCCCUUCCCGGAGCUCCGGCCGGGUGCUCCGUUUCCCCCUGUUCCCCUGGGCUGGGGACCCUGAGCCUGGCACUGUAGCUUCUGUUUCUCAGGGUGGGUAAAAGCGGGUCGGGGGUCCCAUAGAUGGUUCGGAUUGCCCUCUCACCCCGUGCCAACGAGGCCCUCCCCGUCCCCCUCCAUGCCUGCUGCUGAGCUGAGUGGAGACUUCACGGCGGCGGGAGCCGAACGCUGAAUCUCACCACGGCUUGCCCGGCUCCGCACCCCUGCACCACUGCCACCACCGAAAUCACCCUCGCACGUCUGGCCCUCGCCCCCACCUCCACCACAAGCCAUCUGCGUGUGCGUUUGCGGGUGUGUGUGUAUGUGUGUGUGUGUUUAUUUUCACUGGCGGCCUGGGAGAAGGCCCUGGGGAGGGAGGGGAAGAACAAGAUGGUUCCCCUCAGCCACUCAACACUCCUCCCUCAUGGGUCCCCUCUGCCCUGGCUCUCCCAGCCGGCCCCUUCCUCUCAGUCACUAAUUCUCAGGAAUCAUCUGUUGUGGGUUGAGGGGGGGGGGUCUCUCCCCAUACUUGAAAACGGAGGCUGCCCUCCUGUUGAGGGGAGGGGUCCCAGUCAGAGCGGCCAACCCCCCCACCAGCUCCCAGUCAGAAAUCUCCCCCGCAAAGACCCCAGGGCGAUCGUCCGUCUAUACCAGCCCAGGGCCACAACGAGAACAAGCCUCUGACGAUUAGGACACCGUUCCUUCGUUGGAACAACCACUUCUCCGCCAAAACAAUUCCAUUACAACGAGGAGGAGAAACAUACAAAAAAAAAAAUAGGCCUUUAAUCCCUGGGGGACCUCGGCGUCGAUUACUCCACAGCGACUGGAGUCGGGACCAGAAUCAGCCCUCUGCAGUUAGGAGAGGUCUUCCUACGAGCAGGAUGUGAACGGCGACAGCCGGGGGUCCAGAGGGUCGGCCCCAAUACCGCCACUGGCAGAACCGCAUCAGAAGCCGCCGGGCGUCCCGCUGGGACAAUCCGGAACCACCCCGUUACAAGGAGCACGGCGUGGUCAGAAAGGCGAUGGUCAAGGAGAAGGUCAUGGAAACCGUCACGGAAAUGGUCACGGCCACCGUCACGGUGACCGUCUUGGGGAUGGUCACUGAGUCAAGAUGCCUCCCCCAGGAUGAGAAAUUCUCUCUGACAGGCCGGCGAAGGAGUGGGAGAAAGCACUCACCGUCCAAGGAGCAUCGUUUCAGGUUGGCGGGGGAAUGGCCCUGGGCCCACUGGGCAUGUCCCCAGGAAUGGCACCUCUGAGGGUCUGUCAGGCAGGAAGGAGACUUUGGCGCUCUUUCUGGAGCCAAUUUUCUGGCUACAAUCCCCCCCCACCCCCUCCACACCCAACCCCCCUGGUGGAAAGUGAUGAAGUUGGGAGACAGGGCACGGGGAAGGCGUCGGCCCUAAUUAAAGCCACCCCCAUGAGUCUCGAGGGGAAUGGUCCAUGAGAUUGGGGGACUUAAAAAUGGUCCCUUCCAGAUCACAUCCGGUGGACGCGUGCCAUCUCCACCCUAGGCCCUUUGAAGUCAAUGCCCACACCCUGCCCCUUUGGCCACGCCCUGCAUCACGCCAGCCUAAGCCACCUCCGGGUAUGGCUGCUCCCACAGAGCACAGCUCCAAGCCACUGACCCCUCCCCCACUCCCUUAGUGGAGGGGGAAGUCAGACCUCUCUGCCCUGUUUGCUGCCAUGCGACUGCCCCAGCAAUACCCCCCGGGGCGGGCGCAAUGCCCACUGUACAUAGAGGCUGCAUGACGGGGCCGGGGCCCACCACCCCCUUGGGCACCUUCAGGCCCCUUCCCAACACCUCCAGAUUAAACGUUUCCCUAUCUGA